AUGCCUCGACGACCAGUUAGAUCUCUUGCACAGAGAAACAAGCGAUUGGAACAGCCAGCCUCCACUGCUGCGCGUCACCGAGCCCGAAGAUCCCUAGCAGACCCAGAACCGCAAUCGUCGACUACAACGUCGCGGCCAGCGCGUCCAGCACGGCUUUUCACCAGAGUACCUGGCUUCAACGACUUCAAAUCUGGGUCGAAUAUCACUCAGCAGCAAUUUUUGCUGUUUCGUACAGUGAUAGUCAAACACGAUCCUGUGGAAUUCAGCGCAGAUUUGUUCGAUAUGGGGCCACAAAUCGCUACAGCAAGAGCGUUCCUGCAAGCAUCAGACCCAUUUCAAGUCUAUAUCCAAGCCAUUGCCAACAAUGGCUUUCAAGGAUCGGGUGAUUUUGGCCCACUGAGAAAGCAGCAGAUGGAAGUUUUCGAGCCAGACAAGGACGAAUCCCCUGUGAACGCCACAUUCAUAAACUUGUUGCAGGCCAUUGCAGAAGUAGGCCCGGCUCCUCAUUUUUCUCGUUGGCGACAUACCAAAAAGAGAUUCCGAGCGUUUUUCGGCUACGGCCGCGGCUAUGAAGCCAUAACCGAUGGCCAACUAGAGACAUAUGCAACCAAUGCUAUAGAAGCAAUUGUUGAAUGCAAGUCUGCUGCCCGCCCUGGACUCGGUGACCGUGUUGAUAUUCAGGAGGCCGCUCAAAUCGUAGCAUGGAUAAAGCAGCAUGAAACUCCCGCAAACAAGCGCAUCCUGGUUUCCCAGGAUGACAAGGAGGUAUUUGUCACAAUUGCGGAAUAUGAUAGCAACUGGUUGAGAUAUCUUCGGGGCGGGAGACUGGAUCUCACCAGUGUAAUGCAGAUGCACCGAUACGGCCCGUGGAAAUUGGAACAAAGUUCCCAUAUGGAGAAUCUUGCUGAAAUUCUCCUUGCCAUUACGCUCUGA